AGAUUCCCUCUAACCUUAUCGAAACCACGAGAGCGUUUGUUGCGAAUUCCAUAAAAAAAAUACUUACACACAAAUGAACAUAUUUCCAACUCUAAUCGCUUUAUACUUAACGAGUUUGCCCAAUGUAGGAAGUUUUUGACUAACAAUAAUGACAUAUUAGUCACCAGAGCCGACAAGGGACAGGUUACCGUAGUCAUGGAUAAACCAGACUAUGUCAACCAAAUGAACGAGCUCCUAAAUGAUACAUCAACGUACCGUAAAAUAAAAAAAGAUCCUAUCAAUACACUAACGUCAAAAAUUAACUCUCUCGUCAAAUCUUGGCACGAUAACGACAUAAUCGACACACAAACCUAUAGGUCCCUAAAUUGCACGAAUGGCAAUCUCCCGCGUUGCUAUGGGCUGCCAAAAAUACACAAGAACGGAUACCCAUUACGUAUCAUUGUGUCUACAUUGGGUAGCCCACUUUACAACAUUGCUAGAUUCCUACAUGACAUCCUACAUCACUCAGUUCAUAAACCGAUGUCUCACGUCAAAGAUAGCUGGUCAUUCGUACAAAAAAUUAGCAACACUACUAUUCGCCCUGAUGAACUGCUCGUUUCGUUGGACGUCACGUCUCUCUUUACGAACAUCCCGAAAGAGUUAGUCAUUAAAGCUAUUGAGAAACGCUGGACCGAGAUUUCAACUAACACCGCUCUUAACCUACCUCAGUUCAUAUACGCUAUCGAACUAGUACUAAAUUCCACUAGUUUCAAAUUCGACGGACAACAUUACGAGCAGAUUUUUGGUAGCCCUAUUGGAUCACCUUUGUCACCGAUCUUGGCCGACUUAGUCAUGGAUGACCUGGAGACGGAAUGCCUUAAAAAACUUGACUUCGAAAUACUUAUUUUCUGUAGAAUCACAACAAUCGAUCCCGUUUUUAGACGUUAGAGUGAUCAGAGACAAUAACCAACUAUUAUAUAACUGGUACCAAAAACCGACUUUCUCAGGCCGUUACAUUAACUUCCUCUCGAGCCACCCUUUUAAAUACAAAAUUAACACCAUCAUUAGCUUAGUCGACCACGUCAUCCUACUAUCUAACAACAAAUUCUGGAAACAAAAUAUUGAAAUGGUGAAAAAAAUUUUAUUAAAUAAUGCUUUUCCGAUAAAUAUUAUCAACAAACACGUUAAUAUCAGAAUCAAUGAAUUAAAAAAACGAAUUUCGACUCCCACAACUACACAGACUACAAAUAAAACUCUAUUUGAUCCUAAGACUUGCUUUACGCUCCCAUACAUUAACGGCCUUAGUCAAAAGAUUAGCAGGAAAUUGAAAGAAAUCGGUCUAAACACCGUGUUUACUGUCCCCAAGAAAUUGGACACUUUAAUCAAGAAAGGCAAAGA